AUGACCAUACCGACACCCCCAACUCACGUCACACUGCCUUCAGGCGAUCGUAUGCCUCUCGUUGGAUUGGGAUGCUGGCAGAGUGAACCUGAAGCACUGACCAAAGCCGUCGCUCACGCUAUCAAAGUGGGAUACAGACAUAUCGACGGAGCGACCAUCUACGGGAAUGAAAAGGCUCUCGGAGAGGGUAUCAAGCAAUCGGGUGUGAAUAGGAAAGAUUUAUGGGUAACUACAAAGUUAUGGAAUGAUGAUCAUCGUCCUGAAGACGUCAUCAAAGCUUGUAAAAGAUCUUUAGAAUCAUUGGGAUUGGACUACAUCGAUCUUUGGUUAAUGCAUUACCCUGCUGCUACCGAUACCAACCCGAACGAUUAUAAUGAUAUUAAAGUGUUGGAUAUACCUUAUACGGAGACUUGGAAAGCUAUGGAGGAGUGUGUGGAGAAGGGAUUGGUGAAAAACAUAGGUAUUUCAAAUUACUCAAAAAUCGAGCUGGAAAAUCUAUGGAAUAACUGCAGGAUCAAGCCUGCCGUUCAUCAAUUGGAAAGACAUCCUUAUCUACCUCAGAAUGCAUUUAUGAAGUAUCAUAAAGAGAUUGGUCUUCACGUCACUGCCUACAGUCCACUUGGAAAUACCAACCCCUCAUUCGCAGAUCGAGACUCUCUACCUCCCAUCCAGAAAAACUCCGCUGUCGUGGCGUUGGCAGAGAAAUAUGGUAUUUCACCUGCAAAUGUUCUUAUCAGCUUGCAAGUUUCCGAAGGCUGCUCAGUCUUACCUAAAUCAGUAACACCAAAACGUAUCGAAGAGAACCUCAAGGUCGUGCAGCUCAGUGAGGAGGAUAUCAAGUCGAUCGCAGAUGCUACCAAAGGUCAAAGGGCAAGAUACUGUGAUUUUAGUGAUAUCAUCGGCUAUAAAUAUUAUGAGGGUUUGGAUGACAGUGAUUGA